AUCCAUUGAGAGGAGGGUUUGGAAAAGUGGCUCCUUUGUGACAGCUCUCGCCAGAUUGGGGGGCUGCUCAUUUGCAUCUCAUUAGCUAUGCGGGCGGCCAGCGGGAUAUAAGGCGGCGGCGCCGGGAGAGCCCGAGCCCCUUCGCGCCCGCGGAACCCCGGCCGGCAGCGCACUGGACUCACAGCCCGGCGCGCAGCUUCCGCCUCGACCCGGUCCGGGACCCCGGGCGUUGACCUGGAUGGCAUUGGCUGGGUCCCCGCGAAAGACUCAGGUCCAGGGCGCUGCCGGGACCGCCGCCCCCGAGUGAGCCGGCCGGGCCGAUCCUGCUCCACCGCCCCGGAUUACCGCCUCGCGCGUGGGAUUUCCAGACCGCAGCUCGAUAAACGGACUCGCGAGGAGCCCUGCAGCUCGUUGGGAAUCGGGCUGAAUAUCUGGACGCUUUCUCUCCCCUCUUUCUUUCUUUUUUUUUUUUUUCCCCUGCCAACAAGCUUGAGACAAAACCAGGAAGCAGACGACCCCUACCUACUUGCGCUUUGGAAGAAAGAGGGGAAAACCGAAAGUUGCCGCGCCAGGAGCUGCUUUCCGGAGAGACCCUCCCCCCCUUUUCUCUCGCGCAUCCCCGGGGUCGCUGUCGCCUCCGCAAGGCGGACCUAAGGAACCUGGGCCUCCGAAAGAGCCGGAGCCGGACCCUUCAGGAGAGAAGUCCGCAUUAUCUCGGCCCGAGGCAGAGCGGCGGCGCUUUCCUGCCCGAGCUCCCAGGGACACCUUCCUCCUCCAGCGUCCCCUGACGACUUCGGAAGACAAGGCGGGGGGACGCGAGGAGAGCCAGCGCCGCGGGCGGUGCACCAUGGGCGGGCGGUGCGCCCUGGCCCUCGCCGUACUCUCGGCCCUGCUGUGCCAGGUCUGGAGCUCCGGGGUGUUCGAGCUGAAGCUGCAGGAGUUCGUCAACAAGAAGGGGCUGCUGGGGAACCGCAACUGCUGCCGCGGGGGCGCGGGCCCGCCGCCGUGCGCCUGCAGGACCUUCUUCCGCGUGUGCCUCAAGCACUACCAGGCCAGCGUGUCCCCCGAGCCGCCCUGCACCUACGGCAGCGCCGUCACUCCGGUGCUGGGCAUCGACUCCUUCAGCCUCCCGGACGGCGCGGGCGCGGACCCCGCCUUCAGCAACCCCAUCCGCUUCCCCUUUGGCUUCACCUGGCCGGGAACCUUCUCUCUGAUCAUUGAAGCUCUCCACACAGAUUCUCCGGAUGACCUUGCAACAGAGAACCCAGAAAGACUUAUCAGCCGCCUGGCCACACAGAGGCACCUGGCGGUUGGGGAGGAGUGGUCCCAGGAUCUGCACAGCAGCGGCCGCACGGACCUCAAGUACUCCUACCGCUUUGUGUGUGAUGAGCACUACUUUGGCGAAGGCUGCUCCGUCUUCUGCCGCCCCCGAGAUGACGCCUUUGGCCACUUCACCUGCGGGGAGAGAGGGGAGAAAGUCUGCAACCCUGGCUGGAAGGGCCAGUACUGCACAGAGCCCAUCUGUUUGCCAGGGUGCGAUGAGCAGCACGGAUUUUGUGACAAGCCAGGGGAAUGCAAGUGCAGAGUGGGCUGGCAGGGCCGGUACUGCGACCAGUGCAUCCGGUACCCAGGCUGUCUCCACGGCACCUGCCAGCAGCCCUGGCAAUGCAACUGCCAGGAGGGCUGGGGGGGCCUUUUCUGCAACCAGGACCUCAACUACUGCACGCACCACAAGCCCUGCAGGAACGGCGCCACCUGCACCAACACGGGCCAAGGGAGCUACACGUGCUCCUGCCGGCCUGGGUACACGGGGGCCGGCUGCGAGACGGAGGUGGACGAGUGCCGCGGCGGGCCUUGCAGGAACGGCGGGAGCUGCACGGACCUUGAGAACAGCUACUCCUGCACCUGCCCACCCGGCUUCUACGGCAGGGUGUGCGAGCUGAGUGCCAUGGUGUGUGCCGACGGCCCCUGCUUCAAUGGGGGCUGGUGCUCCGACAACCCCGAGGGCGGGUACACCUGCCGCUGUCCUGGGGGCUUUUCUGGCUUUAACUGUGAGAAGAAGAUGGAUUCCUGCAGUUCCUCGCCUUGUUCCAAUGGUGCGCAGUGCGUGGACCUCGGCGACGCUUACGUCUGCCGCUGCCAGGCCGGCUUCUCUGGGAGGCACUGCGACGACAACGUGGACGACUGUGCCUCCUCCCCGUGUGCCCACGGGGGCACCUGCCGGGACGGCGUGAACGAGUACUCCUGCACCUGCCCCCCCGGGUACACGGGCAGGAACUGCAGUGCCCCCAUCAGCAGGUGCGAGCACGCGCCCUGCCACAACGGGGCCACCUGCCACGAGCGGGCCUUCCGCUACCUAUGCGAGUGUGCCCGGGGCUACGGGGGCCCCAACUGCCAGUUCCUGCUCCCCGAGCCGCCCCCGGGCCCCGUGGUGGUGGACCUCACGGAGCAGUACGUGGAGGGCCAGGCCGGCCCGUUCCCCUGGGUGGCCGUUGGGGCGGGCGUGGUGCUGGUCCUCACGCUGCUGCUGGGCUGUGCCGCCACGGUGGUCUGCGUGCGGCUGAGGCUGCAGAAGCGCCGGCCCCCUGCAGACCCCUGCCGGGGGGAGACGGAGACCAUGAACAACCUGGCCAGCCGCCGGCGCGAGAAGGACGUCUCCGUCAGCGUCAUCGGGGCCACGCAGAUCAAGAACACCAACAAGAAGGCAGACUUCCAUGUGGAGCCCAGUGCGGAGAAAAAUGGCCUCACAGCUCGAGACCCUGCCGUGGGCUAUAACCUGCUGCAGGGCCUCAAGGGCACCUCAGCCACUGCGGAGCCCCAUGGCAAGCACGAUGCCAAGUGCCAGCCCCAGGGUUCUGCGGGGGAGGAGAAGGGCACCCCGACACUCAGAGGUGGAGAAGCAUCUGAAAGAAAAAGGCCGGACUCUGUGUACUCUGCUUCAAAAGACACAAAGUACCAGUCGGUGUACGUCAUAUCCGAGGAGCAGGACGAGUGUGUCAUCGCAACUGAGGUGUGACGUGGAGGUGACGGGGCAAGUUCCGUUCCUGCAGAACAAGGAACUUCCGAGGUGUCGGCCCCGACGAUGCUGCUGGGAGGAGCGGACGUGCUCCUGACUGCUGCUGGAAGCCAGGUCCUCUUCCUGCCGGGGGCGGCGGGCGCUCCCGCAGCCGCUGCUCUGCCUCUAGGACGUUCCCAUUGCACUAUGGACGGUUGCUUUUAAAAAAUAUAUAUUUAAAUGAAUGGACUUGAUCACUACGUAAGAAGCACGCACUGCCUGAAGUGUAUAUUUUUGAUUCUUAUGAGCCAGUCUUCUCUUGAAUUAGAAUCACAAACACUGCCUUUAUUGUCCUUUUUGAUACUAAAAUGUGUUUUUCUAGGUGGAAAAAAUGUGCGUUAUUUUUUGGACUUGUAAAAAUAUUUUUCAUGAUAUCUGUAAAGCUUGAGUAUUUUGUGAUGUUCAUUUUUUAUAAUUUAAAUUUUUGGUAAAUAUGUACAAAGGCACUUCGGGUCAAUGUGACUAUAUUUUUUUGUAUAUAAAUGUAUUUAUGGAAUAUUGUGCAAAUGUUAUUUGAGUUUUUUACUGUUUUGUUAAUGAAGAAAUUCCUUUUUAAAAUAUUUUUCCAAAAUAAAUAUUAUGAACAACA